GACACUCGCAAAGAACCCACAAGCCUCUUUACAUUAGAAAUCCUUGUCAUAUCUCAGCUGUUUCUCUCUCUCUCUCUCUCUCUCUGUUGACAGUGACCCUGAUGGCUAUAUUCACAAGAGCUUGCUCGUUGCUUGUGUUUGCCAUGGUUUUAAGGGCAGGUUCAGGCCAAAACGUAGACCCAAUUGGGCCAGAUGAUGGAGGAAGAAGAAGAAGAGAGAUGGUUCCUGCUAUGUUCAUAUUUGGAGACUCUCUUAUUGACAAUGGGAACAACAAUAACCUUGCUUCUCUUGCCAAAGCUAACUAUUUUCCUUAUGGUAUUGACUUCAAUGGAGGUCCUACUGGUCGUUUCUCUAAUGGCUGCACUAUGGUUGAUGAGAUAGCUGAACUGCUAGGACUUCCUCUGAUUCCUCCAUACUCUGAGGCUUAUGGAGACGCUGUGCUUCAUGGAAUAAACUAUGCCUCUGCUGCUGCUGGAAUCCUGGAUAUCACUGGCAGAAACUUUGUGGGGCGCAUACCAUUUAAUCAACAGAUAUGGAACUUCCAGAAUACACUUGAUGAGAUGAGAGACAAUGUUGGAGCAAGGGAUGUGGGUAGGGCAAUUGGGAAGAGCAUAUUCUUUGUGGGAAUGGGUAGCAAUGACUACCUUAAUAACUAUCUCAUGUUCAACUACCCUACCAGGCUUCAAUACAAUGCCCAACAAUAUGCUGAUCUCUUGGUUCAACAAUACACUCAGCAACUCAAGACCCUUUACAAUCUUGGAGCAAGGAAAUUUAUACUUGGAGGACUAGGGGAAAUGGGAUGCAUCCCAAGCAUCCUGGCACGAAGCCCUGCAGGUCUCUGCUCUGAAGAAAUUAAUAAACUAGUUCUGCCGUUCAAUGAAAAUAUCAAGUCUAUGAUGAACAAAUUCAAUGCCAAUCUCACAGGUGCAAGAUUCAUCUAUAUCGACAUUGCACGAAUGUUCCGAGAUAUCCUCGCCAAUUCUCAAGCUUAUGGAUUUAGUAUAGUUGACCGCGGAUGUUGUGGCAUAGGGAGAAAUAGAGGUCAAGUAACAUGUCUUCCAUUGGAGACACCUUGUCUGAAUAGAGAACAAUACAUCUUCUGGGAUGCAUUCCACCCAACAGAAGCUGUAAACAUUCUGAUGGGGAGAAAGGCUUUCAAUGGGAAUACAAGCAUUGUCUAUCCUAUGAAUAUAGAACAGCUUGCGAAUCUUGAACUUGAGUUUGACUGAUAAUAAAAAAAAAAAAAAAAAAAGGCCUAAAGAGCCAUAGAGAGAGAGAGAGAGAGAGGUAUCUGUAGUAUCCUGGAAACCAAAGGACAGUAGUGUUUGUUGCCUUUGUUUUAAAUUUUUUGGUUGUGGUGAUAUCAUUUUCUAUUCAGAAAUUCUGGAUGGCUUCAUUUAUUAUGUUUGUUACUCAUUUAAAACUACGUUACAAACUGAGCGACUUAUAUUCAAUGCUUGUAUUUAUGAGGUGCAUUCAAUUAGACAGCAAGUUUUUUAUAUUUUUC